AAUCCAACAGGGCAUUGACUCUCCAACUCUCUCCUCUCUUCCUCAAUUCAACGCACAAUGUUCACACCACACGCCACAAAGGCAAAACCCAACGGUUCAAAUCCAACUGCACUACAAAAACAAAAUUACAUCACCUUCCAUAUUCAGAGAGAGAGAAACAGUGGAGUCAAUCUGAAGGAGGAGCAAUCUUGCCCACCAACUGUUCGAUAAAAAUGAUGUGAGACAGAGGUGCUAAAUUUAGACUUCAUUAAUGUGUACUACAAUAAUGCUCCAAUCGAUUUGUACUACAAACCCAGGUUAGUACUACACAGGAAUAGUACACAUUAACCUUAUUUCCAUGUUGGUAAGGUUUUCUUGAUUCAACACCUAUAAAUAUGGUAAUUUGGUGAUUUGUUUGAAAUACCCAAUUGAGGGUUUAUUGGGUUUUGUGAGCAAAUGCAGAGGAAGUCAAUAACCGAUCUGGUGAUUUGGCUGUUUUGUGGAGUUCUGGGGGUCGGCAUUUCUGGGUUUUGCAAAGAUAUAUUUGUUGAUACAUACAUUUGAAGAAUUCAGACUUGAAUUUUGAGGCUUUGUGAGCUUUUCAUACUCUCAGACCUUCCUAUGCUAAGGAAAAGAACUAUCCAGACAAGGGUCUACACUUGGAUAAUUCAAAUGGGGAACGUUGGUGUGGAAGAAGAGUUGAACCAGAUUGAGAGAGAGGUCUCAGAAGAGUUGCCAGAUGAGCCGGAGGACGUAAAGAGAGUUCUUCCAUGGACAAAACAGAUCACAGUUCGAGGAAUUAUUGCAAGCGUACUGAUUGGGAUCAUUUACAGUGUGAUAGUGAUGAAGCUCAAUCUCACAACUGGGCUCGUCCCUAAUCUCAAUGUCUCGGCUGCUCUUCUUGCCUUCGUGUUCAUACGGACGUGGACAAAGUUGCUUCAAAAUGCUGGAUUUGUCUCAUCUCCGUUCACUCGACAAGAAAAUACUAUAAUUCAGACCUGUGCAGUUGCUUGUUAUAGCAUUGCUGUUGGAGGUGGUUUUGGGUCUUAUCUAUUGGGAUUGAACAAGAAAACAUAUGAGCAAGCUGGGAUUGAUACAGAGGGGAAUUCACCAGGGAGCUACAAGGAACCGGGGCUUGGUUGGAUGACUGGUUUCCUUUUUGUAGUUAGCUUUGUUGGCCUGUUGGCUCUGGUUCCUCUCAGGAAGAUCAUGAUAAUUGACUACAAAUUAACUUACCCUAGUGGAACUGCUACUGCAGUUCUUAUUAACGGUUUUCAUACUGCUAAAGGAGACAAGAUGGCCAAGAAGCAGGUUCAUGGGUUCAUGAAGUUCUUUUCUAUUAGUUUUCUGUGGGGUCUCUUCCAAUGGUUCUUUUCUGGUGGUGAACAAUGUGGAUUCUCCAACUUCCCCACAUUUGGAUUGAAAGCUUGGAAACAAACAUUUUACUUUGAUUUUAGCAUGACUUACAUCGGAGCAGGAAUUAUUUGUUCCCAUCUUGUGAACUUGUCAUUGCUUCUUGGAGCUGUGCUCUCUUGGGGGAUAAUGUGGCCACUAAUUAGUGAGCAGAAAGGAAAUUGGUUCCCUGAAACUUUACCAGAAAGCAGUAUGAAGAGCCUAAAUGGUUACAAGGUUUUUAUUUCUAUUGCUCUCAUCUUGGGAGACGGGCUCUACAAUUUUCUCAAGAUACUUUUCUUCACCGCUCAAAGCAUAUAUGGUAGAUUGAAGAAGAACCCCAAAACAUUUUCAGAUGCCAUGAAUCAGCCCCUGGAGGAUCUUCAACGAAACGAAGUAUUUGUAAGAGAGGGCAUUCCCUUAUGGGUAGCGUGUAUUGGGUACUCGCUUUUCUCCAUCGUCUCCAUCAUUGUGAUCCCGCUCAUGUUUCCUGAACUCAAGUGGUAUUACGUUCUUGCUGCCUACUUGUUUGCACCCACUCUUAGCUUCUGCAAUGCUUACGGUGCUGGCCUAACAGAUAUGAACAUGGCCUACAAUUAUGGGAAAGUGGCCCUCUUUGUUCUUGCUGCUAUGUCUGGGAAAGAAUCUGGCGUAGUUGCAGGACUUGUUGGUUGUGGUCUGAUCAAAUCCAUUGUUUCCAUCUCCUCUGAUUUAAUGCACGAUUUCAAAACCAGCCAUCUCACCCUCACAUCCCCUCGAUCAAUGCUACUUAGCCAAGCCCUUGGGACCGCCAUAGGCUGUGUGGUAGCACCUCUCACAUUCUUACUCUUCUACAAGGCUUUUGAUGUUGGGGACCCGAAUGGGGAAUACAAAGCUCCUUAUGCCCUCAUAUAUAGAAACAUGGCGAUUUUGGGUGUUGAAGGCUUCUCUGCCCUGCCUCAGCAUUGUUUGCAGCUUUGUUAUGGAUUUUUUGCCUUUGCACUCGUGGCAAACUUGGUGAGAGAUGUUAGCUCCAAGAAAGUUGGACAAUGGGUUCCACUUCCAAUGGCUAUGGCGGUGCCUUUCCUAGUUGGGGCUUACUUCGCGAUAGACAUGUCUGUCGGUAGUUUGGUUGUGUUUGCCUGGCACAAGCUGAAUGGAAGGAAGGCUGGUUUGAUGGUUCCUGCAGUUGCAUCAGGUUUGAUUUGUGGAGAUGGGUUGUGGAUUCUGCCUUCAUCAAUCCUUGCUUUGGCCAAGAUUCAUCCUCCAAUUUGUAUGAACUUCUUGGCUGCAAGGAUUGUCUGAGAAAGAAGAAAGGAGGGUAAGAGAUGGAAUUGGGUAACUAUAUAGAAGAAUUGUAUUAUGGGCAAGAAUAGGUAGUUACAUGAGUAAUCAAUUAUACAUCUGUAGUUUUGGACGAGUUUAGAAAUGAUAGAAAUGCAGAUUAAAUUUAAUUUUA